AUGCGUUGCCCAGCUGUCUCUGUGUGUUGCCCAGCUGUCUCAAUGCGUUGCCCAGCUGUCUCUGUGUGUUGCCCAGCUGUCUCUGUGUGUUGCCCAGCUGUCUCCGUGUGUUGCCCAGCUGUCUCCGUGUGUUGCCCAGCUGUCUCCGUGUGUUGCCCAGCUGUCUCCGUGUGUUGCCCAGCUGUCUCCGUGUGUUGCCCAGCUGUCUCUGUGUGUUGCCCAGCUGUCUCAAUGCGUUGCCCAGCUGUCUCUGUGUGUUGCCCAGCUGUCUCAAUGCGUUGCCCAGCUGUCUCUGUGUGUUGCCCAGCUGUCUCCGUGUGUUGCCCAGCUGUCUCCGUGUGUUGCCCAGCUGUCUCCGUGUGUUGCCCAGCUGUCUCCGUGUGUUGCCCAGCUGUCUCCGUGUGUUGCCCAGCUGUCUCAAUGCGUUGCCCAGCUGUCUCCGUGUGUUGCCCAGCUGUCUCCGUGUGUUGCCCAGCUGUCUCUGUGCGUUGCCCAGCUGUCUCUGUGCGUUGCCCAGCUGUCUCUGUGUGUUGCCCAGCUGUCUCUGUGUGUUGCCCAGCUGUCUCUGUGUGUUGCCCAGCUGUCUAUGUGUGUUGCCCAGCUGUCUCUGUGUGUUGCCCACUCACACUGUCCCCUACAUCACCUGUUUGGCGACCCCACCUGCUACACAGUAACAACUGCCCCACGCUCCCUGUUGCCCAGCUGUCUCUGUGUGUUGCCCAGCUGUCUCUGUGUAAUGCCCUGACUCUGAGUCUCUUUGCUGUGACAGUCAUGGACCCCUCUGGGACCCUGUGGCAGUUCCUCCUGCAGUUGUUGGAAGAGCAGACCCACCGGCACCUCAUCUCCUGGACGUCCAACGAUGGCGAGUUCAAGCUCUUGGACGCAGAAGAAGUGGCCCGGCUGUGGGGCCUCCGCAAGAACAAGACCAACAUGAACUACGAUAAACUCAGCCGAGCCCUCCGAUAUUACUAUGACAAGAACAUUAUCAAGAAGGUGAGCGGGCAGAAGUUUGUGUACAAGUUUGUUUGUUACCCUGAUCCUGGCAACGGCGAGGUCUCCAAAGAAGAUGACAAAUACCGGGAGACUGUUAACGAGCCCAACCAGCCCCCCAAAUCAGCCGACAGCUCCACCUUUGUCCCUAAGAUGGUACGAAGCAGCUCAAAGACCAGUCGCAAUGAGUACAUGCGUUCCGGCCUCUACUCCACUUUCACAAUCCAGUCUCUGCAAGCGCCACCUACAGGCCAGCCGAAGACUAGCAAGCUAGAAACCCUUCCUUCCACUGAAGCUCCGUCCCCACUGCAGGUGAAAGGGCAGAGUUUAGAGGUAUCGCCGUAUGAAGCUGUGGAGCAGAACACUGAAGCUCUGUCUUUAGAAGUGAAUAUUCACAGCUCCGAUGAUCUCCAAUUACAAGUGACGGUGGACCCCCCCACGCCAGAUAUUAAGGUGGAGGAGGCAGUAGAAGACCCUAUUGUUGGAAACGAGAGCCUCUCGGAAUCUCCCUUGUUUCCCACGGUUCUGCCGGAGCUGAAGGUUCCAAGUUCAGAAUCAGCAGUGACCCAGGAGAUUCUGGUUGUGAUCGACUCGCCAGACAAGGAGGACGUUAAGAUGAAGAGUGAGCUGACUGGGCAAGAGAAGGAAGACUCUCCUUCCCCGGCCUCUUCUGUUGAGGGGCAGUCGAUAAAAGGGAAGAAGCCAAAAGACCUGGAGCUCCCAUACUCUGCUGUGAUUGGCCAGGAAAAGAUGAACACCGCUAUGAACUCCCUUCUACCCCCGGGCAGCGCGUCUUCUGUCAUCACCUCCCAUUCCCUGACUCCCCUUCUGCUUACCCCAAGUUCCCUCCCGCCUUCAAUACACUUCUGGAGUACCCUGAGCCCUAUUGCCCCCCGAAGUCCAGCAAAGCUCUCCUUCCAGUUCCCGACAAAUGGCAACAACCAAAUUCACGUUCCGACCCUGAGUGUUGAUGGGCUUUCUACUCCCGUCGUCCUCUCCCCGGGACCUCAGAAGCCAUAAGGAAUCCGUCCAGCUGACACCCCUAAGCUUUUCCUGCAGAAUAAGGGAUAUUUGGCCAUGGACGCCUUUUCCGCCCACUUGAUCUCCACGGGAGUUUCCCGGGAUCCAGAACCUUCUUUACACCUUUCUUUGUUGAAGGAGAGACUUGGGCUCCACUAGUGUUCAGACUGCUGCACCAUGUGCCAGUAUCUAUUAUGGUCCAUAACCUGGAUUUCUGUUUAUUCAGCAGGUAGAGAGGCCACGCCUCCAGCAGGUAGAAAAGCCACGCCCCCAGUACUGAUACUCAGGAUUGAGCAUAUCUGCAGUCGCUAGCAGCAGUGUUGGAGGCCAGUAGAUGGACAUGGUGGUUUUAUUGAUUGGACAGAUCCUCUCAUUAUUUCAUUAUCCGAGAGGUCUGUUGUUUUAUCAGGGAAUCGGCCAAUGGCUUCUUUUGUAACAAGAAGAGACAGGGAAUUGGCCUAUGGCUGCUUUGUAACAAGAAGGGACAGGAAAUUAGCCAAUGGCUGCUUUUGUAACAAGAAGGGACAGGGAAUUGGCCAAUGGCUGCUUUUGUAACAAGAAGGGACAGGGAAUUGGCCUAUGGCUGCUUUGUAACAAGAAGGGACAGGAAAUUAGCCUAUGGCUGCUUUGUAACAAGAAGGGACAGGAAAUUAGCCAAUGGCUGCUUUUGUAACAAGAAGGGACAGGGAAUUGGCCAAUGGCUGCUUUUGUAACAAGAAGGGACAGGGAAUUGGCCAAUGGCUGCUUUUGUAACAAGAAGGGACAGGGAAUUGGCCAAUGGCUGCUUUUGUAACAAGAAGGGACAGGGAAUUGGCCAAUGGCUGCUUUUGUAACAAGAAGGGACAGGGAAUUGGCCUAUGGCUGCUUUGUAACAAGAAGGGACAGGGAAUUGGCCAAUGGCUGCUUUUGUAACAAGAAGAGACAGGGAAUUGGCCUAUGGCUGCUUUUAUAACAAGAAGGAACAGGGAAUCGGCCAAUGGCUGCUUUUGUAACAAGAAGGGACAGGGAAUCGGCCAAUGGCUGCUUUUGUAACAAGAAGGGACAGGGAAUCGGCCAAUGGCUGCUUUUGUAACAAGAAGGGACAGGGAAUCGGCCAAUGGCUGCUUUUGUAUCAAGAAGGUACAGGGAAUCAGCCAAUGGCUGCUUUUGUAUCAAGAAGGUACAGGGAAUCAGCCAAUGGCUGCUUUUGUAUCAAGAAGGGACAGGACAUACUUGAAUAGAGGGGUGGAAUUCCGUGCACAGGUCCCGCUGCCCUUCCUCUGUUUCUGUUUUUUCAGAAAUGUUUUUUGUUUUAUCCCGUUCCCCUGGUACCAGCAGCUGGAGAUAUUUUUCUACUUUGCUGCAGAUAAAGGGAAUGGGGUAAUAGUUUUCCUACUGAGCCAUGCACCAGGUGUGCACCGUGGAAGGGCGUCAACGCUAAGAACUUUCUACAACCAAAAAGAUUAAUAAAUGGAAAAGCAUUCCGAGUAACGGGAAUGUCCCGCGGGUGCUGGACUCUUGUACGCACAGGAUUCAUUGGCUCCUGGACAAAGAUUGCAGCUCCCCAUACAAUAUGGCGCUGCCCAACUGGUGGGACAAUAUGGCGGCCGUCUGUCUCGUUACUGCCUGCUCUAUCACAGAUCCUGGUUCUGCCAGCGACGACACUUCUUAGCUGCUCUGUCAUUCUAAAAAGAAGGUCUAUUUUUUGGGAUAUUUAGCUAUUUUUCUGAAGUUUCUCUAUUUUAUGUCAGAGGUUGUAUCUGUCCGGUCCGUAUCCGUUGCUAGGAAACCAGGAUCUCUCCAUAAUGACUGUAGGAAUAUGCAGAUUUCUUGUGUCUCAGGAGAGCAGCACAAGCUUUGUCCAGUGGUCCCAGGUGGAAAAUGAGGCCUGGUUCUGUUAAUUUAUGAGCUCUCACUUUCUAUCUGGGUCGGGCUGUGGGUUUGUGCCCAUUGGCUGCCUGCUUGGGGUUUCAUUUACUCACUGAUCAAUCGCCGCAAUUUACAGUAAAUGUAUAUUUUUCUAUAACCCAUAAAACUAAGUGUAAUUGUGCAUAACCCUAACGGGGCCCUAAGGGUCCCACUUGCUAUAUCUGGGUACACUGGGGAGCCGGUUCUGCCUCACGUUCCUUUCCUCCUCCCCAAACCUGUGUAAUAAGUCUGUACCCCCCCCCCAGUUUAGAUGCCCCAUUGGACAGUCUACAUGUCACAUUCCCUUUGCUUGUAUCCAAAGAGCUCCUCAGGGAUGUUCCACUGAUGCCAGACAGAGAGGGGGAGCCCGGUGAUACCUCCUGAACACAAGGUAUUGCCUGGGCAUUUAUUGCUUUAUUGUUGACCGGAACGUGUGGUUUAUUGGGGCUCACUCUCUGCUGCCAAAGGCCUUUCUCUUUGUACUAUAAGGGCGUCUUGUCCUUGAAAGGGCUUUGGGGGGAAAAUAAGGGAUUUUCCUGGGGUUUUCGAGUCGCCAGCUGUGCUGCCUUGGCAUUUCACUGGCUAAUUAACGCUAAUUAACAGUCAAUAAUAUACAUAAUGUUGUUUCUGUGAUUCCAUUAGCAGCUACCUGCUGUACUUACUGUUAUCUAGCGCAGUCUUGUGCUUUACUUCCUGCUUGUGGCUUUAGCUCCUCCCACCUUUGGGAGGGCCUUGGUCAGAGAGAGGUAAACGGAUGAAUACGGGAUGAGCCCCACCUUGUGGAAGAAAGAAGGCAUUGCGUUUUCAGGCGUCUGCUUUCACUUGGAAGACCCCCAAAUCAGAGUGUGAGUAACAGGGCAAGUAUUUGUAACACGCAUAUUAUUAUAGUGAGAGUGAGAGCAAAUCCUAUUGGCUGCUCUAAAUUCUAACGGUGGGCUCUCGCUUUUCCUCUGUUGUAUCAGAGAAAGGGGGAGCUUUAGGGUUA